CUAUCACAAGCUUAAUUGACUGCUGGUCUCAAAUGAAUGGCUGUAAGAAGUCCACAAAAGAGAGAACACCAAAAACCCAACUCUUAAUUGCCUCUCUAAAGCCUCAAUCUUCAAGGUAUGAAUUUCAUUCCACUCAAUUUACCGAGAAAAUAAUCGCUGAAUUGUAUGCCAAAAACACUAGGUACUGUCACCGUUUCUCUUGUGCAUAACGUAGAAAUUAUAUGAGAAUUGGAAAUUUACCAUGACUUUUCAAGUAACAUGUUUUGUUCUUCCUCAGUUUUGUAUUUCAUAUCUGGGUUUUUCUGCCUAUCUGUAUAUUGAGGUGUAGAAGAUGCAAGCUUUAAGUGUGUGGCCAUCAAAAGGUGGCUGUGAUGUAAUACCUCCGUUGUACUUAGAAGUUAGUUCUUCUAGAUUUUUAGGUAGAAGAAGAAAGAAGUUUUGUGUUGUUGAGUCUGUUUGUGAUGGCAGAAACACUGAUUUCUUUUUAGUUUCUGCCAACUCAAGGUUUCGUUGUAGUGGGGUGCGUUUUAGGAGCAUAAAAUUUGAUUCUAUAUGUGGCUUUUUAUCUGGAUUCUCUACUCUCAACCUGGCUAUCUUUUGUGAGCCAAAGAAAUUCUAUUUUGGCAUGCCAGUCAUGUUGGCUUGGACAAUGGAGGAACAAGAAAUUGGAAGUGAACUCCUUACGGUUGAUGGGUUGUCUGAGAAAACUGAGAGUGACAAUGUUGAUUAUCGUAGCGUAGAUAUGGUUGGAAAUAGUGAUGGAAAUGAUGAAGAAAGGGAAGAAGUUGAUAUUAAGAGGGAGGGCAAAGUUGGGGAGCAGUUGAGUUCUAGGAUUGAUGUUAAGGCCUUGGCGCAGAGUUUGUGGCUUGCCAAAACAGCGGAUGAUGUAGAAGGGGUUCUAAAGGACAUGGGUGAUUUGCCUCCACAAGUAUACUGUACUAUGAUUAGAGGUUUUGGCAAGGAUAAAAAAAUGGAGUGUGCAAUAGCUCUGUUUGAGUGGCUGAAGAGAAAGAAGAAAGAAACAGGGGGUGCUACUGGACCUAACCUUUUUGUGUAUAAUAGCCUGUUGGGUGCAAUGAAACAAUGUCAACAAUUUACGGAAAUAGAGAGAGUUAUGAAGGAUAUGGCUGAGGAAGGAAUUGCUCCUAAUAUUGUGACUUAUAAUGCUUUGAUGGCUAUUUAUAUAGAGCAAACAGAAGCAACCAAGGCCCUUAAUGUUCUCGAGGAGAUUCAGCAGAAGGGCUUUACUCCAUCUGCUGUAUCCUAUUCUCUGGCAUUGUUGGCUUAUCGAAGAAUGGAAGAUGGGAUUGGAGCAUUAAAGUUCUUUGUUGAAUUUAGAGAGAAAUAUCUGAAAGGUGACGUAGGAAAAGAUGGUGAUGAAGAUUGGGAUUAUGAGUUUGUUAAGCUUGAGAAUUUCACCAUUCGUAUUUGUUACCAAGUGAUGAGGCGUUGGCUUGUAAAGGAUGAAAACCUGAGCACCAAUGUGUUAAAACUUCUGACAGAAAUGGACAAUGCUGGGCUUCAGCCCGGUCAAGCUGAAUAUGAGCGCCUUGUUUGGGCUUGUACCCGUGAUGAACAUUAUGUUGUUGCCAAAGAAUUAUAUGCUAGGAUUAGAGAAAGCUAUGCUGAAAUAAGCUUAUCUGUCUGCAAUCAUCUGAUUUGGUUGAUGGGGAAGGCCAAGAAGUGGUGGGCAGCUUUGGAGAUCUAUGAGGAUUUAUUGGAAAAGGGACCAAAGCCAAAUAACAUGUCAUACGAAUUAAUUGUCUCUCACUUUAACAUAUUACUUAGUGCAGCUAAGAAAAGAGGAAUUUGGAGAUGGGGUGUUAGGUUGCUCAACAAGAUGGAAGAAAAAGGUCUUAAACCUGGAAGUAGGGAAUGGAAUGCAGUUCUUGUUGCAUGUUCCAAGGCCUCUGAAUGUUCUGCUGCUGUGCAGAUAUUUAAGAGAAUGGUAGAAAAUGGUGAAAAACCCACAAUCAUCUCCUAUGGAGCAUUGCUUAGUGCCCUUGAAAAAGGAAAACUCUAUGAUGAAGCCCUCCGGGUUUGGGAACAUAUGCUUAAUGUCGGUGUGGAACCAAACCUUUAUGCUUACACAAUUAUGGCUUCAGUUUUCAGUGCGCAAGGGAAUUUUAAUAAGGUUGAGCUAAUAUUUCGGGAGAUGGAUUCAACUGGUAUCAAGCCAACAGUUGUCACAUACAAUGCAAUUGUCAGUGCAUGUGCACGCAAUGGUAUGAGCGGUGCGGCAUAUGAAUGGUUUCAUAGAAUGAAUGUUCAGAACAUCUCACCAAAUGAGAUCACUUAUGAAGUGCUGAUCGAGGCUCUUGCAAAGGACGGUAGACCAAGGGUUGCGUUCGACUUGUAUUUGAGGGCUCACAAUGAGGGCCUUAACCUCUCCACAAAGGCUUACGAUGCAGUUGUACAAUCCUCUCUAGUCUAUAGAUCAACUAUUGAUUUGACUACUUUAGGACCUCGGCCACCAGACAAAAGGAAGAAAGUGGUAAUUAGGAAGAAUUUAACAGAUUUCUGUCACUUUGCUGAUGUUCCUAGGAGAAGUAAGCCGUUUGAUAAAAAUGAAAUUUACUCCCCACAAACAGAAGGAAAUCAAUAGAUAUUUAUCAUGAAUUUUUACAUAUUCUUUUUACAUAUCAUUGUAUAUUCAGUUUGUAAGGACAACAGGAAUGCUCUUGAUUUCGCGGAACAAUGCAGAAAUUUAGCCUUUCUGGAGUA